AUGACACAGCACUUCACACAGCAGCAACAAGCUUGUCUAAGGAAUGUUGAUGUGUUUCUGAAGGCUGGAGUAGAUGUGAAUGUACAGAAUAGAAACAGUGACACACCACUUCAUGGAGCAGUAGAAAUAGAGUUGAAAGAGAUUGUUGUGUUUUUGAAGCUUGGAGCUGAUGUGAAUGGUGUCACACCAUUUCAUAGAGCAGCUACAAAUUUGUCAAAAGGGUGUGUGGAUGAGUUGGUGAAGCUUGGAGCUGAUGUGAAUGGUGCCACACCACUUCAUAGAGCAGCUAAAAAUAUGUCAAAAGGGUGUGUGGAUGAGUUGGUGAAGCUUGGAGCUGAUGUGAAUAUACAAAAUAACGCUGGUGACACACCACUUCAUAGAGCAGCUACAAAUUUGUCAAAAGGGUGUGUGAAUGAGUUGGUGAAGCUUGGAGCUGAUGUGAAUGUACAAAAUAACGCUGGUGACACAUCACUUCAUGGAGCAGCUACAAGUUGGUCAAGAGGGUGUGUGGAUGAGUUGGUGAAGAGAGAAAAAAACGUGUAG